GAAUCCCUACAUUCUUUUGUUUUAGAGGCUUUGUUUGUUUUUGCUUCAGUUUUCUCGUGACGCCAAUCAUUUGUAUUAGUGUGUAGCUUAAUUAUUGACACCUGUGACCAUAUCGCAGUAGACAUAAUUCGGCUCGUUCACAAUUAUUCCCUGCAGCUGAAUGUCACGAUAUCCAGUGCAUUUUCUGGUCUCUGCUUGUCGGGACUCUCUGUUUCGUUUCCAAUCGCGUAAUGUUUUCUCGAGACUGUCAGGAGUUGAGACUGUAAGGAUGUCAUCACAGAGACGAGAGAGGGAAUAGAAACAUCAACUUCCAUCAGUGCAGGAUCACAUCUAGUCUACGCCGUGCAUUUCAGCUGAGUUACAACUGCCAAGCAAUGAUGAGAACGUACGUACGCAACGUGUUUCAGUUCAUUUUCCAGAUAUAAUUUUUAAUCUUACUUAUAAAAAAGAAUGAGAAUGGUUUUCCUGGUUAGGUAUUCAUUUUACGUGUUAAUAUAGGAUAUCACUCGUUUCUGCACGUUUGUUGAUGUGGGAUAACGCAGUAACGUAUUGAUAGUUCAAUAUUUAGGCUUCUGCCCUGAACCACACGAAGAACAAACACAAACUUAUUUUAUUUGUCACCAAUCUUUAUUCUAGCAGUUAACUAUAGGAUUUCUUUCAUUAAAUAAUUUCCUAAUCUUUUUUUUAGCAUUAGCUAUUGCAUAAGUAUUAUCGGGGAAGUAUUUGAAAUAGCUCGUUAACAGUUGGUGACAACCGUAUAAAAUUGUUGUGUUAAAUGUUGUUGCAUUAGAUUGGAAAUUUCUUAGCUCUCAUGAUCGAUUUCCUAAACGUGAAAACAGUUUUCUCCAUGCGAAAACUGUGAACUUUUCAGACAUUUCCGUCUUGGUAGGAAACUUGUUUCUCUCUUAUUUUCAAGGAUCGUUCAAUCAUAUACUGCUGACCACCAAAUGGAAUGGUGAUGGAGCGCUAAACCGAAAUGCCGUACCCUCAACCUAGAAGUGUUUGAAAACGAAUGCAUUAGCAUCCUAACUGUGCAAAGCGAGGAUGUUGGAUGCGGUUGGAUGAAGAGUCAUCAACUGGCAGCCAGCCAACAAGCAGUCCGUAUUGUAUUCAAAUCUCACACCAUAACUAAACAGACUUGGAGUUCAAUGGACUCUUUUUAUUUUCUCCAAUUCUUUUUAGCAACGUCUGAUCAUGUCAACAUUCUCACGUACAUACAAUCUAACCUAUCCAAUUGUUGUGUACUGAGCAAGUACGUUUUUCUCAUUCUCCUUUAGGCCAAGGUCUACUUGGUAUAUCACGGACAUAGGACACUGACUUUCGUGCCGAGUGUUAGGCAUAAUAUCAAGGAAAACCUGGCGAGAUGCAUCCAAUCGCUCACGCUCAAUUGCAAAGGAAAUGUUUUUUUCAUCAUCUGCGAGGUUCGUCACAUCGGUCACUGUCGUCGUCGACCGCUUCAUCCAACAGAUAAAAGAAGCGCCAGACUCUAGGAAACUAACUCAGACGUUUGGUUUGAGUUGCACUGUUAGGACGGUACAGCUCAAGACGAUUCUAAAUUGGUGCGAGAUGAUGGCGAACUCUUUGACAAUCUUUUCUUUCGUUAGUGUCAUCAGUCUGCUCUUGUUGUCCUGUUCCAGUCAGGCCACUAACCUAAACAACACCAGUGACUCUACAACGAUCCAAGGUGAUGACGUGUCUGGCUCCCGCAGCGCCAGACAGUACAUGAUGCCUGGCCUGUUGAUGAAUUACCGACAGCAUGCGCCAUCGAACAUUUUUGAUCGAUGGAUUUAUGCCCCAUCCAACUUUGAACUGCCGACGGUCGCCGAAUCUCCCAACGUUGAAUACGACGGCAGGAAUCUGUUGGGUAAAGCCAAGUUUCAGAUUGCCUGCGGCGGCGGACCUGCCGCACUCCCCCAACGGCAGAUUGUCGGAAUCGUAGGCGGAAGUCAAGCCGCCAAGAAUUCGUGGCCUUUUGUCGUGGCAUUGAUGGCUAAUGGACAAGUGCUGUGCGGAGGAUCAUUGAUUAGUCCGACCAAAAUCCUCACGGCGGCGCAUUGCGUCGAAAGGAUGUCUUUGUUUGAGAUUUCUCUGUUGACUGUCCGUCUUGGAAUGCACACGGUCGGGAACCAAGCGCUCAACACACGAAACGACGCCCAAGUGACAAGAAGGGUCUCUCGCGUGGUCUUUCACAACGAUUACAACGAUGCAACUAGUGCCAACGAUAUCGCCAUUCUAACGAUGGAUAAGGCGGUGACUUAUUCUUCGGUCAUUUCUCCCGUUUGUUUGGGGUCGCCCAGUUCGAAUGCCGACCAAUUCGCCGAUAAGCAAGCGGCCGUCAUGGGCUGGGGAAAUUUGCAAGAGGGCGGAAAUCCAGCGGAUGUCCUUCAGCAAGUGACACUUCAAAUCAUUACCAACGCCAAAUGCAAGGCUUCAUUUCCAGAUCUUUUGACGACUAUGCUCUGCGCUAUUGCUCCAGGCAAAGACUCUUGCCAAGGUGACAGUGGUGGCCCGUUAGUUGUUCAAUCGGCCUCGGGAAUUUGGACACAAGUUGGAAUCGUCAGCUUUGGACGAGGAUGCGCUCAGCCAGAUUUCCCCGGCGUUUACACCAGGGUUUCGGCGUUCAGGAGUUGGAUUGAUAAAUUUGCUUAAAGGAUGGACCGUCUAUAU